CUAACAUAGUGGUGUAGGCCAAUUAUACUUCAAAAACAAAGCCUGCCGCCACCUGGCCACCAUGUGGGUGCUCUUGGUUUUCUUCUUGCUCACCCUCACCUAUUUAUUUUGGCCUAAGACCAAGGGCUCUGGUGCCAAGUACCCCAGGAGUCUCCCAGUCCUGCCCGUGGUGGGCAGCCUGCCAUUCCUACCCAGACGUGGCCACCAGCACAUGAACUUCUUCAAGUUGCAGGACAAAUAUGGCCCCAUCUUCUCCUUUCGUCUGGGUUCCAAGACUACCGUGGUAAUUGGUGACCACCAGCUGGCCAAGGAGGUGCUUCUCAAGAAGGGCAAGGAAUUCUCCGGGCGGCCCAGAGUGAUGACUCUAGACAUCCUGUCAGACAACCAAAAGGGGAUUGCCUUCGCCGACCAUGGUACCUCCUGGCAGCUGCAUCGGAAGCUGGCACUGAGCACCUUUUCCCUGUUCAAGGGUGGCAACCUGAAGCUGGAGAACAUCAUUAAUCAAGAAAUCAAAGUACUGUGCGAUUUCCUGGCCACACGGAAUGGAGAGUCCAUUGAUUUGGCCCAGCCUCUCUCUCUGGCGAUGACCAACAUAGUCAGCUUUAUCUGCUUCAACUUCUCCUUCAAGAAGGGGGAUCCCGCGCUGCAGGCCAUAGUGAAUUUCAAUGAUGGCAUCCUGGAUGCUGUGGGCAAGGAAAUUUUGUAUGACAUGUUCCCUGGAAUUAGGAUUUUACCCAGCCAAACUCUGGAAAACAUGAAGCAGUGUGUUAGAAUGCGAAACGAAUUGCUGCGGGAAAUCCUUGAAAACCGUAAGGAGAACUACAGCAGAAACUCCAUCACUAACUUGUUGGACAUAAUGAUCCAAGCCAAGACGAACGCAGAAAGUAACACUGGUGGCCCAGACCACAAUUUAAAGCUGCUUUCAGACAGACACAUGCUCGCCACUGUUGCGGACAUCUUUGGGGCCGGUGUGGAGACUUCUGCCUCUGUGGUAAAGUGGAUCGUGGCCUUCCUGCUACACUAUCCUCUGCUGAGGAAGAAGAUCCAGGAUGCUAUCGACCAGAAUAUUGGUUUCAAUCGUGCCCCAUCUAUCAGCGACCGGAACCAACUUGUCCUCCUGGAGGCCACCAUCCGAGAGGUGCUUCGAUUCCGGCCUGUGUCCCCUACGCUCAUCCCCCACAGGGCUAUCAUUGACUCCAGCAUUGGCGAAUUUACCAUUGACAAGGACACAGAUGUCGUCGUCAAUCUGUGGGCACUGCAUCACAAUGAGAAGGAGUGGCACCGGCCCGACCUGUUCAUGCCUGAGCGCUUCCUGGACCCCACGGGAACCCAGCUCAUCUCACCAUCAUUGAGCUACUUGCCCUUCGGAGCAGGACCCCGCUCUUGCGUAGGGGAGAUGCUAGCCCGCCAGGAGCUCUUCCUCUUCACGGCUGGAUUGCUGCAGAGGUUCGACCUGGAGCUCCCAGAUGAUGGGCAGCUACCCUGUCUCGUGGGCAACCCCAGUUUGGUCCUGCAGAUAGAUCCUUUCAAAGUGAAGAUCAAGGAGCGCCAGGCCUGGAAGGAAGCCCACACUGAGGGGAGUACCUCCUGACUCCACCCUGGGUGACCUCGCAGCAGAGAAUGAGAGGUGUUCCCCUCCCCUCCCCCCCCACUUCCACCCUCCUCCCCGCCCAUUUCGCCUUCUUUUUCCAGGCUGCAGCCCUGGCAACAAUGUGCAUAAAGAAUUUUUUCUCCA